AUGGCUACUGCUAUGGCCAGCUCUACACAGCAGGCUACUGACUUGUCCACUGCUCAAGAUGAGGCUGAAUACCCACUAGCAGCACAGAUUCCGCUUUCAUCCUUUACUCUUCCUACCUUCCCAGAACAAGCAUCGAAACUCCGAUCACUGACUCUGACAUCCGAUAUCAACCUCAACGACUACCAAACAAAACACCUCGCCCCUGGCACGUUCGAGCCCUGCACUACACUACCAAAAUCUCUGACUCACCUGACCCUCGAACUCUUCAGCCUUGGCUUUCCAGCACCUUUUCUGACCGAAAUCGGCAAGAGCUUGCCAAGCCUGCAAAGCUUGACUCUCUUCAGUUGUCUUGUCGAUGGUCUUGAGGAGCGCAGUCGGCGUGAUGCAUUGACCUUCUUCCAAAAUGCAGCCAAAACACUCAAGGAGAUUCAUAUUGUUGAUUCGUUCGCUCGAGCUGGGUUCUGGAAAGAGGUUGGUAAGACACUCUCUACCACUUCCGAUUCAGGUCCUGCGAUCGUCGAAGUUAGCUACACUUAUCGAGGCCAUUACGAGUCAGACUUCCUCAACCGUGUUUCUGGUGAAGAGUGGGCUGAAUUCAUUUCUCCUUCCGUCAUUGGACUUUCGCUGAAUUUUACAUCUCCUCCGCCAGAUCUGGACACCGAACUGAAGAUGCAGACUGAGAAGCCGGAAGACGCAGAAUUCCUUCAAGCUCAGGACGGCAUAUUGCCGUUUGCUAGCGACGGUCGUGCUAGCCUGGCUGUUCGACGAAAGAUCGAGCAAAUCUCUGGCCACAAGAAAGAAGGAGCAGGGCUGAAUCUGAAAGUGCUCAAUUUGAGUAUGUUCAGUCUGCGACCGGUAGAAGUGGGCGAGAUCGCGUAUGCUGUUGCCGCUGGCGAUGGAAGUGGUGGAUUGAUCGGCCUCACAGUCAGUAUGCUUCUUGAGAAGGACUGGUUCGAGAUACUGCUCAAAGGUCUAAGCGAAAAGGGAGCUGGUAGUGCCAUUGAGAGUCUAGAGAUCGUGGGUGUUCCGAUUGAAAGUGGUGAUGGUGCCGAAGAUGCGGAAAAGCUACUGAUGAAGAGCGAGGAGAAAAUCAAGGCUUUUAACAGUGAAUGCUCUAAACUUGAGAGACUGGAGAUGACAGUGUUACAAUCUAGAAGGAUAGGGAAGGUGAUUUGGACAAAGGAGAGUGAGUCCUGGAAAAUGCAAAGAGAGACAAGUAGCGAAAGCUAG